AUGUCUCAAGCUGAAUAUCAACCAACUGAUUUAUCACCUGGAAGUCCUCAAACUAAUGAACAUCGGAAUCAUAUUGAUAAUCUUCGUAUAAAUGGUACUAUCGGUAAAUUCCAAGAAUUAGAUUCAGUUUCAAGUUCAAGUUAUUUUGAAUCUGUUGAUGAUAAUGGUGAUCAAAAUUCAGUUCUUAGUGAAAGACCUUCUCCUAUGGAUUCAACUUCAAGACCUUUAACUACGGUAUCUAGAGCUACAACUUCAAGAAUCGAUGAAGAUUCAGCUGUUUAUCGUGAUGAUUAUAGUUCUGCUGGUAUGACUUCAUCUAUUUCUACUGGAAAUUCUUCUGCUGCUUUAAGUACUGCAAGUUCUUCAAGUUAUUCAUUUGGAAAUUUAUUUUCAUCAGGUAAAUUUGGUGGUAAACAAGGUGGUUAUCAACUGUCUUCAUCUUCAAUUCAUUUAAAAAUUUCAAAAUUAAAUAAACUGGAAAAGAAAAAAAUUCAAAAACAAAAAGAAUUAAUGAAUGAAAUUCAAAAUUGGAUAAAUUUAUUAGUAAAUAAAGAAUGUAAAUCCAUUUUAGAAGAAUAUUUGAUUUCAUUACAAUUAGAAGUUGAAUCCUCGGAAAUUUUAAUGACAAAAAGAGCACAAAUCAAUCAACAAUUAUUAAGUGUUUCUAAAAGAGAAAAAAGGAAAAAUGAAUUAAAUUCUAAAUCAAUUAAAAUUAUGACAAAAUUAAGAGAUACUGAACAUAAAAUUGGUACUACUCCAAUUUAUGAAUUAUCAAAAGAAAGUUAUGAUGAAGUUCAAGCUACAUUAAGAAUUGUAAAUUUUCAACUUGAUAAUUGUAUUCAAUUAGGUCUAAAAGAUACAAUAAAAGAUUAUUUAAUUUCAAAUAAAAAUCAAUCGAUAAAACAAUAUAGAAAAUCUUUAGAAAUUGUUGAAUUACCUUCAUAUAAAAAGAUACAACCAAAAGAAGAAAAAAAUCUAAUUGAUCCAAGGGGAGAUUAUGGUUCAAAUCCAAAUUCUUCAAAUGUACCACAAUUAAUUAAUAAUAAUUCAAGUAUUUCAAAUGUACAAAGAAUGGCUUUACAAAAUCGUUUUAGAGAUUUUACAGCUAAUUCAAAUAAUAAUUCAUCAAAUCCAACUGCUCCUUCAACUCUGAUGGGUAAAUAUCAUGGUGAAUCUCCAACUACAAUUACUAAAACUCUUGAUAAUUCAUUUAAUGAAGAAUCUUUAAAUGUUAAUAAAGAUCUGCAUAGUUCUCAUAAAAUUAACAAUAAUCAAAAUCAUCAAAAUUCUUCAUCUUCAUCUGCAUCUUCACUGCAGAAAACAACAUCACCAAAUAUUCAAGGAAUUGGUUUAAAUACAAAAGAUAAACAUCAAUAUAAUGAUACAAAUAAAACUGGUACAUCAAUAAAUCUUUCCAAAUUAGAAAUUGAAAAAUUAAGAAUAAAUGAAAUAUCUGGCCAUGGAUCAAAAAAUAAUUCAGCUUUUUAUACUGGAAUUCAAUCAGGUAAUUUAAAUUCAGGUCCACCACCAACUGCUUCAUCAAAUAAAACAUUAACUAUGAUAUCUGAUAAUUCAUCAGAUAAUGAUCUUUCAAAUACAAUUAUAAGUCAAUAUGGUACAAAUCAUAUACCUGGUGCUUUAGGAAUGAUAAGACCUCCAUCACAACAAAAUGAUUGGGCAUCAUCAUGA